UAUCAUAAGAUUUCAUUCAGAGCAUUGAUGUGAAACUGCCCACAAACUGACACUUAACCUUUACGCCGCUGGUGUACCUGAGGUGUAGAUGAACCCUCUCAGGGGAACAGAUGGGUCUAUAAAUACAGUAUAAAUACAGUACACACAGACAGUCAUUUUUCAAUUACAGUUUCCCUGUUGGAAGCACAGAGAUCUUCAGAAUGCAUUCAGAAGUGAAGAUGUUGGCGGCUGUGGUAGUUUUAUUCAUGGCAGCUGGUGUGAGUAAUAGUGCCACUGUGACUAAAUGCAGUCUGAAGCAGGAACUUCAAGCCGUCCUUGGGGCGCCUCUGAAUGCGACUGACAUUUUGGCGAAAAUUGUGUGCCAUGUGGCGCUGACCACCAACUUCAAUACAAGCGCUGUUAAUACAAUCCCUGAGCCUAAAGAAAUAGAGGAUGGUCACGGACAUCGCCAUAGAAGAGCUGCAAAGGGUCCAGAAAGAGUUGCCGUGACCUCCAACUUCAGGCCCAGCCCCAACAAUUCAGUUCCACACCCAGAGUCAACAGAGCAACCUGAAAGCCAGGAACAAGAUAGUCAGGAAAUUCGCCAUAGAAGGUCUCCAAAGGGUCCAAAAAGAGUUGCCGUGACCUCUAACUUCACUACCAACCCCAAUAACACAGUCCCGCACCCAAAGUCAUCAGAGGAACAAGACAGUCAUGAAAGUCGCCAUAGAAGGUCUCCAAAGGGUCCAAAAAAAGUUGCUGUGAUGUCCAACUUUACUUUCGACCCCAACAACACAGUCCCGCACCCGGAGUCAUCAGAGGAACAAGACAGUAAUGAAAUUCGCCAUAGAAGGUCUCCAAAGGGUCCAGAAAGAGUUGCGGUGACCUCCAACUUCAUUACCAACCCCAAUAACACCGUCCCACACCCGGAGUCAUCAGAGGAACAAGACAGUCACGAAUUUCGCCAUAGAAGGGCUGCAAAAGGUCCAGCAAAAGGCCGUCCUGCUGGUAAAGUGACCCUUCCACCGCCUACCACAAAGCCCAAGAACACGGAGAUGUGGACGAUGUACGGCUUGUUCCAGCUCAGUGACCAUGUGGCGUGCAAUUCUACUCAAAGUAGCAAACCGAACCUCUGCGGGCUGAGCUGCCAGAAGCUGAUUGAUGAUGACAUCACUGAUGAUCUGGCGUGCGUCAAGCUUCUUAUAACUAAAGUUACUGAACAUGGUCCUGGCCGUCCAUUUGCUGAAGGAAUGAAAGAAAUGAAAGAACUGCUCAAUCCACAGUGUGUCAACGUUGUGAACUCAGUGUACUUCUCAGACUGUUAACAAUGAAGAAUUCACAACAUCUGGACUGAAAUCCUGAGUUUUGCACUUAGCUUUAACACAUUCCAGCACUCGUAGCAUGUGUGCCGUACACCGUUAUAUUCAUUAAAAUCUUUUGAGAAGCAG